UGUCCAUUUGUUCGUCACCAGUAGCAGGUGCUUUCUAGUUCCGACACGAUUACCUUGGCGCGACGAGUGAGACACUGUUUCACACGUCUCACCCUUGAAACUACAAUGUGAAAUAUACAUUAAGCUCCUUGAUGGCAAAUUGUCACCUACAUCUAACCUCACAGUACUACUGCCGCAGAGGAUCCGAGCCUCCCACACCACUCAGCCACUCAACAUAAGAGGCGGCCUCCUCCUCAGCUCCUCGCUCGCCAUUGCUUGUCGCAGAGCUGAGCAGGCGCGCGCGCACGGAGAGAGAAAGAUGCCAAUGGAGAGGUCCGUCUCGUGCGUGGAGAGUACCACGUACGGCGGGGUGGCGGCGGCCGACCUCCGCUGCUACAGCUCCUCCUACGCGCCGCGGGUCCCGUCCAACAAGGUGAAGCGCGCCCGGAGCACCGGCUCGUGGUCGCGCCCGGUGCCCGGCGCCGUGCAGCGGAGCGGGAGCGUCAAGUCCUUCGCCGCCCCGGGGCUGAACCUGCGAUCUUACAGCGCCUCCUACGGCCCCACCGCCGAUGGCGCCAGCGCCGGCGGCCAGCUGAAGCGGUCCGGCAGCAUCACCAACUGGUCCUCCGCUAGCCGCCGGUCCGUGAACCUCAGGGCGUACACCCCCUCCUUCUCCACGCUGGACAGCACGGCCACCGUCGCCCCGGCCCCGGCCCCGGCCAAGAAGGCGUCCGACGACGCCGAGCUGAAGCGGAAGAAGCGGCUGGUGGUGUACAAGGUGUACGGCGUGGAGGGGAAGGUGCGGGACUCGGUGCGGCGCGGCGUCAGCUGGAUCAAGGGCAAGUGCUCCCGCCUGGUGUACGGCUGGUGGUGAUCGUCUCCUCUGUCCUCUAUGCUCCUGCCUCCUGGUCUGAAGUGUCUCAUCGUCGUCCUAUUCAUUGAAGCACCUCGGUGUUGUUGCUUGUGUUAUGAAAAAGGCCGACACGUACAGGCAAUGGGAUGCGGAUUCUCUGGCAACGCCUUUCUACUUCCAUCUCCUUCAAUUACAAUUUACAACCACGUAGGCAGUUGGGUAGUGUGGAAUUUCUAGAGUUCCUUUUUUCCAGAUAAUUGGUCCAAUCGGACAGAACAUUUUUUCCAUAUAAUGAUUUUCUCUCCAGUAGAGCUUGAUGAUUGCUCUC